AUGGAGAAAACGUUGCGUGAGAACCAUACGAUCCAUCUCAAGGAGGUGGACCGGCGGCCGCUGGAGCCGGGCUAUGUGGGCUGGCUGACCUUCAACGUGACCCGGGCGGCCGACCUGUGGAGAGUGUUCCCUGACUUCAACCUCGGCCUCUACAUCGAGGUCAUGCUGGAGGACGGCUCGACCGUGGUACCGGCCCAGGCGGGUAUCGUGGACGCGUUCGGCGAGGAGACGCAAGGACGCAAACGGAACCGCUCCUCGGAGCCGUACAGCCCGCUGAAGGAGCUGACCGAGAGGCGCGAGUACCGCGUCUGCCAGAAGCAGAACCUCUACGUCAGCUUCCGCGACCUGGGCUGGCAAGACUGGAUCAUCGCGCCAGACGGGUACGCAGCGUUCUUCUGCACCGGACUGUGCGCGUUUCCGCUCAACUCGCAGAUGAACGCCACCAACCACGCCAUCGUGCAGACGUUGACGCACUUGCUGGAGCCUUACACCUACCCCAAGCCGUCGUGCGCGCCCACCAAGCUCAACAGCAUCAGCGUGCUCUACUUCAACGACAACCUCAACGUUAUCCUGAAGAAGUAUAGGAAGAUGGUGGCCAGCAGCUGCGGCUGCCACUGAAGAUGAGGAAGCGGUGGGUGCACGGGCUCGCCGAACGCCAAGGCCAGGACAGGGGUCGACUCGGGGGGUGACGGUGCGGCGAUCUCCCCCGGACUCUCGCCAUGCACCGCCCUCAGCGCCGGCGGGAGAGCGCCGGAGCUGCUCACUUCGGCGUCGGCCGGCGGCAUGGGCCGGCCUGGGCUGGCAGUGCACGGGUCCGCCGACGCACCAACGUCCUCACUGCGAUGCCGGCAGGCGGGUGGUCCGCGGUGAGGAGCGGCGUCGCGCCGUCAGCGGAGGGGCUGGAGGGCGGAGCGCGGAGGACGGUCACAGCAGGGAGCGGCGGCGCGCCGAACGGCAGGCAGCCUGAGGACGUGCGAGUCGGGAGGGGGCCGCCGCGCCGCGCGGCAGUCAUGCGCAUUGCCGUCAGCACGCCAGGACUGGACGCCGACCGGAGCGAGCUGCGAGGAUUGACGUACGACCGACAGCAGCAGCUCGCACGGCGCCGCCGG